UCCUCACUUGGUUGCCACAACUUCAACUACUGCUUUGAAUCUGCGUCGUGGAGAGGAGAGGAAUUUUUACUACAGUCUCCUCACAGGAACAAACCCGCGGCUGGCUGGCUGCAGGCUCCUCUCCCUCCUCACUGGUGGUAUUUUAAACCCUCCGUUUUAUCAUAGUGUUAGGUCAUGGCGGAAACAUUAAGGAGGUUGACCAACACGUCUUCAUUCAGCGUCUUACAGGACAAGCUGGAGAGCUGGCACAGAGACUAUCAUGUGAUAUCCUGUGACCAGAAUCUAAACAGAUGUUGUGAGUUGAUUGAACUCACUGCCAAGAUUCAAGGCCAACUGUUCACCAUCCUCAACCUCGCAGCUGCUGAAGGUGGACACUACGCUGGAGUGGACACUCUUAAAACACGCCUGCUGCCAUGGCUCGGCACAUGUUUCUCGAUGGCGAGGCCUUCAGUCUCUGAUGACACCAGUUUACAGCUCAUCCAGGAGUCGGUGGAGAAGGACCGGAGGAUCAGGGAGCUCUCGGCCUCUCAUGACAAUGACGUUCAGAAGUUGGACACUCAGCUGUGCUCCACUCGCCUGCAGCUGGACUCUGUCAGAUCAGAGUUGGUCGAGGCUCAGAAUGAACUGGAUGAGACGAAGAGCAAAUCGGCAACAACUCUGCUGGCCACUGAGGAUGAAAUAUUACAACUGAAGGCGGAUUUGCGAUCAGCUCACGAGCAGCAGGAGAUUUAUCGGAGGAAGCUGGAUGCUCUCGAUGACUACGAGCGACAGAUUCGCUUACUGAGAGAUGAAGUGUCUUACCUGAACACAGAGAAGGCCAUGCUGCAGAAGAGGUUGAUGAGGAGUCGUUCUCCGAGCCCCCCGCCUCGGCUCAGCCUUUCUUCCAGCCCGGUGAGGAGCGAGUCGCCCACCAGAGCUCAGCUGACUAACUCGUCCCGACACGCUCGCCUCGUGUCUCGCCUCAGCGACCUGUACUCUGUGGAGCGACUCGAAGCCCAGAACCUGCUGAGACGAUACAUCGCUGAUUUAGAGAUGGUCCAGAAAAUCAUCUUCAUCGCUGUCGUGGAAUCCUUCAAUACAGCCAAACUGGCUUACCGUCAGUUCAAGCUGCGCGUGAGGAAGACGUUGUCAUCAACCCACUUUGGUGUGGAGAGUCUGGAGGACGCAGCUGUGGACUACAUUGUCAGAAACCUGGACCUGUACGACGUCCAGACCAGCAUCAAUGAUGUGAUCAAUGCCAUGAACGUGAACCCUCGGAUCUCUUUCCCCCCUGAUGUGGACUUUGUCCUCAUCAGUGCUCUGAUAAGAGAGACGUGCAGGGUAGCCUUCGCCAUGCAGACGCUGGACCCUCCCCUCGACUUGGCUUUUGCAAGUGACGGAGAACUUUAUAAUGACAACAGGUAUCGUCGCAGUUAUGACUCUGAGUUCACGGCUCCUCUGGUCAUGUACCACGUGUGGCCGGCUCUGAUGGAAGGAGACGUUGUGCUGGUGAAGGGCGAGGCUGUGACCAGAAGAGGAGCUCCGUGGAGCCGUAGUCGGAGCAGGAGUGUCAGCCCCGUGCGCUCUCGCUCUCUCAGCCCAACUCGCAGUCUUGCAUUUAACAGCAAAAGAAGUCUGUCUCCUGAGCGCCUAAGAGCCAGCUUCCUAUGAACUCAGUCAACAGGACCAGAAUAAUCAGCUGUACCUCAUAUCAGAGAAAAUAAAGUUUGUGGUAUUUAAAGUUAUUUUAUGGUUACAUGAAUGCUUCAACCAAAUAAUGCAAUAACAUCCUCAAACCCUGAACCACAUUAAGGCUGCUCAGAGUUUACACUGCAGGAGGGGGUUUGAUGGCACCCUUACAGUAUCUUAACGUCAAUAUAUUAUUCUGCUCAGUUCCUCCUGAAGGAUUGAAGGUGCUGUUUAUUCAUCAUUUGAUCAAACCCUGGAGUCACAAUACAACAAAGGUUGCAGAUCAGAGAGGUUGCUUAUUUUAAGAUUAAUGCAAACACUCAGUCCUUUAACUAGAUGCCACUUUAUUUAAACUAUCAGAAAAUUCAAUGCAACAUUUCCCCAUCGCAAAUUCAAACCAUUUUUUUUUCCUCAUGAACUUUAUUUAUUUUCACAUCAAAUGAAGAGCUAUCUUUUAAAUGUUUGAUUUCGAACACUAGCAAAAAGCAAAAAGUAGAUUUUUUCAAAUAUGUGUGUAACUGUGUUGGUCCCUGUGCAUCAUCCAUGUGUGAGAGUACAGCAGCAUGUUUACAUGUGAAUAAAAUCCUUGAGAGAAUCUCUGCAGCAGCAUCUCCUGUUGUGAUGCUUCAUACAUUUGUUCUGGUAUUAUAAUAAAAACCUUUAUUUAAAGAGACCUGUUUAAGGUCAAGAUACAAAGUGCUUUACAAGUACAGCAAUUAUAAAACAAACAUAAAACAGGCAGGUUAUCAGUCAUACAUUAGGAAAUCACAAACAUCCUAAGACAUCAAAAACUUUCAAAGGAAUUUAAAAAAGUAAAAUUCAAGUAAAAGUAUACCUAAUGAAGGGGUUUAAAAGAGAUGACUGACUCAGCUGUCCUGGUCUCCUCGGGACAGUUUAGGAGCCCUCACAGAAAAUACUUCUUCCCCUUUAGUUUCAGUCUGGUGUUUAGAGCACAUAGGAGUACUCCGCCUGAGGAUCUCAAUGUACAUGUCUGGUCAUAUAGUACCAAGAGGUCAGAGAUGUAGCUGGGUAGAAAGGCGAGGAAAGCUUUUUCAGCUCUUUGGUCAGGUCUUGUUAACUCCAGAAGUACAAAGAAACACUUUGGAGAAGAUUGGCCUGAUGAUGUAUGGGGAAAAAAUACAAUUAUUAACCUUUUUAAAUGUAUCUAAAGCAGCUGGGACUUUAGCCUCCGCACUAUUCUUUUUUCCCAGUUCACCUCUCUUUAUGUAACAAACAGACGAUGUAUCCAGCCUCAAAGAUCCUCUGUUGUUGGACAGUUAAACCCCAGAGAAGGGGCCUUUUGGGGAGGUCUAAAAUGUUGUCCCUGAUCACCCUUUGAUGUAUACACCUCAAUCUGCCUUGCUAACUUGUUUGUUAAUUUUUUUUAGUGUGUGACGUAAAAGGUUAAACCACCUACUAUUGUGGAGUUGGACAUAUGGUCGAUAAAUCGUUUCCCCCUCGGUGCUUGUACUAGUAUACAAGUAGACACUAGUUUACUUGUAUCGAGCUAUAACUGUAGCUUGACUGAACUGUGCAUAUAAAUGUACUGAAUGUCCUUUAAAGUGACUGAGUUCCUCUAAAGGUUCUGGUCCCUGAGGAAAGUUCAUGUAGUGGAAACAUUGCUGUACAAACAUGUUUGGACUAGCAGCUCUUUGAACACUUGUAUUAGUUUACUUUAGGUUCUUGUCCAUUUAUUUUUUGUAAGAUAGAACAGAAUAUUUGCGAUCCUGAGAAACCAAAAUGUUUAAACUAGAACCUGCACAGUAGCACUUUGUUAGUCUGAAAGAUUACUCCUCUUAUUUCUAUUAUUUAGUAGCUGAAUCCUUUAGGACUUAUGGUGCUCACUGCAACUCCUCCAGUACUUGAGUGAUAGAUAUCAGUCAUAAUUAUUUCAGGUUUGAGUCAUUGGUUAUUUUUUGAUUGGUGCUGUUUUAUAUUCUGAAAUGUGCUUUGAGAUAAGAUAUUUUGAGGUUUUAGUUCAUUUAACAGAUUUUAGAUUGCAGGUUUCUUGUCUGUUUUAUUUUUUUAUUUAAUUGUAAAACAUUAAAUUGUCAUGAAUUAAAGUCCGUCAUUAAUUAUGUCUUUUUCUAAGCUGGUCUUUGACCUGAGGUUUUUCUGUCCACCACCUUUUUCUGGUUUAGUGGAUACUAUUUACUUUUUCUCUUUUUUUAGGGCGGACAUCUUUGUUCAUAUCAGUUUUUUGUUAUCUUUUAAUAGAAUAGGACCAGUAGAUGAUGUCUGCAUUCAUUUUGGUUAUCUUAUGAAUUUUGUUUUCUCCAUUAUAACUUUUGUUCUUCAUAACCCCUCUAACACGAUCAUAUUCAUCACUUCUGUACUUAAAGGCUUGAAUUGAACUUCUGUUAUUUUAACUAUGGUUUGAUGUUGUGUGAUCAGCAGAUUCAUUGUGCCUUUUCAUGAUUAUUAUUUUUAAGAAUAAAUUAAAAUCUUGAGUUUUUUAGCACCAAA